GCCGGGGGCGGAGCCAGGCGGGCCUCACAGUCGCUGUGAGCUCGGCAAGUUGUGUUCGGCGCUCUCCGUCCCCAGCCAUGGACUGCGGCGUCAUCACCUCCAAGACCGUGCUGCUGCUGCUGAGCCUCGCUUUCUGGGCGGCAGCAGCCGGUCUCAGCUACGUUGGGGGCUAUGUCAUCAACACCUACAAGAGCUACGACAACUUUCUGCAGGACAAGUAUGCUCUGCUGCCAGCUGUGAUCAUUCUUUGUGUUGCUGUGGUCAUGUUCAUCAUUGGCUUGAUUGGCUGCUGUGCCACCUUCCGGGAGUCUCGAGUUGGCCUAGGCCUGUUCUUGGCCAUCAUCCUGGUGAUUUUCGUUGCUGAAGUAUCUGCUUUUGUCCUGGGAUUUGUUUACAGGGAAAAGGUAAAAACUGAUGUCCAGGGCACAAUGCGCUCAGUCUUUGAAAGAUAUGAUGGGAAAAAUCCCGAGUCUACUGUUGUGAAUUACUUGCAAGAACAGCUUCACUGUUGUGGGAUAAAGAACUACAGUGACUGGACAGCCACACAGUGGUUCAAUUCCACUGGUAACAACAGCGUCCCGAUGAGCUGCUGCAGACAGGAGCUGAAGAACUGCACAGGGCGUCUGGAUCAGCCUCAGGAGCUCAAUACACAGGGCUGUGCAGAGGAGCUGGAAUCUGUCCUGCAGAGUGUUUUCAGCUAUGCUAUGCUUGUAAUCCUGGGGUUUGCCAUUGUGAAGUUCUUCGGCAUGCUGAGUGUCUGUGUGCUUACCUGCAAGAGAGAGGACAGUGGAUAUCAGCCUCUCUACUCAGGGGUGUUUGCUUAAUAGAGAAAAGAUAACCUUUGCAUUUCUGCUUCCUGAUGAUGAGACUUGCAAAGAUGAAUGCUCCGUGGACAACUGAUGACCUUUCUGGCUAAACAUUUUAUGUACACCAAACAAAGAACUUUGUGUAUUGAUUUUGGGGGUGGAGGGAGGGGGAAUUCCUUGCAACUGGCAUGAAAUGGCAAUUUCAAUAUUUGUAGAAUCACAGAAUCAGUCAGGGCUGGAAGGCACCACAAGGAGCAGGCAGUUCCAACCCCCCUGCCCUGCCCGGGGAUACCCUACCCUAGAGCAGGCUGCCCACAGCCUCAUCCAGCCUGGCCUUAAACACCUCCAGCCAUGGGGCCUUGACCACCUCCCUGGGCAGCGCACUCCAGCCUCUCACCACUCUCAUAGUGAAGAACUUCCUCCUCACCUCCAGCCUCACUCUCCCCACCUCCAGCUUUACUCCAUUCCCCACAGUCCUGCCACUCCCUGACAGCCUCAAAAGUCCCUCCCCAUCUUUUUUGUAGCCCGCUUCAGAUCCUGGCAGGCCACAAGAAGGUCACCUGGGAGCCUCCUCUGCUCCAGCCUGCACAGCCCCAACUCUUUCAGGCUGUGCUCACAGCAGAGCUGCUGCAGCUCUCUGAGCAUCAUAUUCAGUGCCCUCAGGCAACAGGCUCUGAUUUUUUCAUACCACAGAGAUUUAUUUCUUUUUUUUGGGUGAGGUUAUUGUCAAUUUGAGUCAUAGACUCCACCAGUCAGGGUUGGAAGGGACCACAAGGAUAGCGCCCACAAGAAAUGUUUUCAAUCAGUAAACAGAUUGAGAAUACAGGAGGGGUUCCAGUUGUCUGCACAAAGGUUCAGACCCUUCCCAUGACACGGUUAAACAGCAAAAAAACCCACCCCAAACCACUUUUGACUGCCAGGCUUAACUACUUUUCAUAAGCAGGGGGAGUUAAAUUAACUUCUCUUUUUUCUCUCUCUGAGGGUGUGGCUUUUUCUUCCCUUUACAGUCAUGUAUUGUAAUUUAGUCUACUGCAGGGGUUCUUAGUACAAGACAGCCCCAAGUUAAAAAGUCCAGAACAGACACCUGAGUUGUUAUUGUUCAAGCAGUUAGCAAAUGUGAACAAUCCCAGGUGUGGAGGGGAUAUGUGUCUCAAGGUUUUGUGCUUGGGACAGCUCUGGCUUGUUGGGUUGGGGUCUUUGGGUUAUUUUUUUGUCUCUUAAUUAUUAUAUCAGACAUCGCCUAUAAAGCAGGGGGGGUUUGAAACACUCUCACUGCUGUGCUUAUGGUUUGUCUGAAAGGCAAAGUCUCUCUUUAAUGUGGAAGUUAGAGUGGUUGAGGCAAAUACCAGCUAGAAGCUGGGAGGCACAAGACACAUUGGCUGGCCAAAGACUGCCUUACUCAUGGCCUGACUGCUUUUCACCACUAAAAGUGUGGAAGUGACUCCUGUAACAAACAGUUUGAAUGACCUACAGUCCAGCAGCAAAUGAACAGUUCGAAUGGCCAAACUGCCCAGCAGCAAACCAGCAACUCCUGGUUUGCUGCUUUUCCUUUCUCCUUGAAGUUCUGCUGAGCAGAGUCGGCCCUCAGACUGCACUGCUACUCUAAAAAACCCAUUAGUGUCUGGAGCUCAGUUCCUUAGGGACUUAGAGGGUUGUUUUAGAGGUGAGGAGGGAGGGAACUGUGGAAGAGAGGCAACAAGUUAAAAGGCAUUGAUUUUCAUUAGGGAACUGGGGGAAAGCAACAGACUUGUUUAUCACUCUGCUCAAAGUGAAAAAUGAACUUUUUUGGGUAGCAUAUCAGAAGAAAUUAAUUUCAGCUAAGUGUAAAUUGCUUAUUUAUCCCUCUUGAUUUUUUCCCCCCCUACAAACAAAAAGGCAAUGUGUGAUGCUGAUAUUCUGUAUGAGACAUACCAAGUAUAUGUUAUAGAGCAACUUCAUUGUUACUGAAGGCUUUGUCUUCUUUUGAAUGCCUGAAUAAACUGAAUUUCUAUAACCAGUUAAGAAA